AUGCGGCAGAUCACAUCAUUCCUCCCCAAUCACCCGGGUGGUAAAGCCAUUCUCCUAAAGAAUGCAGGCAAAGAUGCUAGCGAGGCGUUUGAUGCCGUCCACCCAGUUGAGGUCUUGGAAGAGUAUCUCCGGCCUGGCCAGAUCAUGGGAACAUCUGAAGUCACAGAAACGGGAGGCAGGCUGCAAUCAGACAUGCCACCUCCGGACGCACUCGCGAACCCAUCGCCAUCACCAGAUAAGUCAGAUGACGUACCUCCAGUGUCUCAGAUCCUGAGUAUCGCCGAAAUGGAGCAUUAUGCCUUGCAAAAGAUGAGCCCGAAAGCCAUCUCGUACUACGCCUCAGGAACCGAUGACGAGGUCACUAAAGUUGGGAAUGGCACCAUCUUCCGUUCCAUUCUCCUGCGGCCACGGGUCUUUGUUGAUUGUACCCGGUGCUCCUUAUCGACGAGCCUCCGUGGAAAUGCAGUCGGCAUGCCAAUCUACGUUUCGCCCGCAGCCAUGGCCAAAUUGGCGCACCCGAUAGGCGAGGCCGGCAUUGCAGCAGCGAGCUCCAAGUUCAAGGGCUUGCAGAUCAUCAGCAAGAAUGCGUCAAUGUCUCCCUCAGCAAUUGUCCAGGCCGGCCCCGACGCGACUUUCGCAUGGCAGCUCUACGUUCUGAAGGAUAUCGAAGCGACCGAGAGGACAUUGGCACAGAUUCGAGCCGUUCCCCAAAUCAAAUUCAUCGUGCUCACACUAGACGCUCCAUUCCCCGGCAAACGAGAAGCAGACGAGCGAUUCAAGAUGGCAGAAGUUGCGGGAGGCGCCCCGCCGGGUGUAUGGGGCACGGAGUCGGGACUCACGUGGAAGAAGACGCUUGCCUGGCUCGCCAAGCAUACGAAUCUCCCGAUAGUGUUGAAAGGCAUUCAGACACACGAGGAUGCGUAUGCGGCGACCUUGUUUCCGAGCGUAAAGGGUAUCAUUAUCUCGAAUCAUGGUGGACGGGCUCUGGAUACGACAAUGACGCCUGUACAAGUGCUUCUGGAGAUUCGGAAAUUCUGUCCAGAGGUGUUUGACAAGAUUGAUGUUCUCAUCGAUGGAGGUAUCAAGAGAGGUACAGACGUUGUCAAAGCUCUGGCCCUAGGAGCCAAGGGUGUCGGCAUUGGAAGGGCGGCGCUGUACAGCCUAGCUGUUGGGGGACAAGCGGGUGUUGAAAGGGCAUUGCAAAUUCUUGCAGAUGAGACCGUCACCGCAAUGAGACUGCUUGGUGUUGAGCGUGUGGAUCAACUUGGACCAAGACAUAUCAACACGAAUGGUUUGCAAGCACAGCUUUACGGUGGACCAUCCGGCCUCGAAGCGAUAGAUGCAGAGCUGAAGUCAAAGUUGUAA